GGUUCUUCAUUGAAUAGAGGGAGGGAGGUAGUAGCUACUAAGAAAGCAAAAAAACACAAGCUCUCAAACCUUUAUUAGGCAAAGCCCUUGUUUGGGUGCACAUACAAGGAAAUAGCACAAAGGCAUAUAUCAUCAUCACAUAGAAGAGUGAGAAGUGAAGCAAAUGAUGGCUGGGAACCCUAAUAAUUGGUGGAGCAUGAAUCCAUCUUCUUUGAUCCCUUAUACUCAAUAUGUGCUUGGAUCUUCUUCUUCUUCAAUUCCUUUCAAUCCUUUGGUGGCAGAAAUUCCAGAACCUUCUCCUCAGUCUUGGAGCCAACUUCUUUUCACUGGGUUACCAGGAGAAGAAGAGAGACUUGGAUUCAAUCAUUUUCAUCAAUCAAAAAAGUUAGAAAACUGGGAUGACCAUAAUAUCCUCAUCAACAACAACAAUAAUCAACACAACACAAGAGUUGGUCCUAAUAAUAAUAAUAUGAUUGUUGAUGGAAUAAUAAAGCAAGAGGUUUCCCAAAGUGGCAACUUGUACGGCCAAGAAGAGUUUCAUGCUUCUAAUGGGUCAACUUGGUCAACACAUAUGGUUCCCAUUAAUUCUUCAUCACCUAGGUCAAGUGUCACUACCAAUAAUAAUAACAAUAAUAAUUUAUUGGAUUUCUCUUAUAACAAGGUUGAUCAUAGCAAGAACCAACUACCUUAUGCCACACCUCAGUGUAAUAGCACAUCCAGUGCUGGAAUUUGCAAGAAAGCUAAGGGUCAAUCAACUUCAAGCUUACCACCAUUGAAGGUGAGAAAGGAGAAGCUUGGUGAUAGAAUAACAGCACUUCACCAGCUAGUUUCCCCAUUUGGAAAGACUGACACAGCUUCUGUGUUGUUAGAAGCCAUUGGAUAUAUUAGAUUCCUUCAGAGUCAAAUUGAGGCACUUAGUUCUCCUUACUUAGGCAAUGGAUCAAAAAACAUGAGAAGUCAACAGUAUGUACAUGGAGAAAGAAAUUCUGUAUUUCCUGAGGACCCCGGUCAGCUGUUGAAUGAUACUGGCCUGAAAAGAAAGGCAGCUUCAAGCCAGGAUUCAAAAGAUAAUAAGGCAAAGGAUUUGAGGAGUAGAGGAUUGUGCUUGGUACCUGUGUCCUUCACCCAACAUGUUGGAAAUGAAAAUGGAGCUGAUUUCUGGGCACCUGCAUAUGGUAGUGGAUUCUAAUUAACAUGUAUGAGUAUGAAUCCUUUUUUGCUAAACAAAUUAAAAUGUGACAAUAUAUAACAUCUUGAGCAGUCAAUCUGUAACAAUGAGAGAAGGUUGAUUCCUCACGAUGCUAUAUGGCAUUAAUUAUUUAUGAUAAUGAAAAAAAAAAGUGUCCAUAGUGUAUUGUCACUAAUCUAAUUAUUAGGAUAUAUUAAUUAUUAAGUUGUUUGAGACGUCAAAAAUAUUUUAGCUAUUGUAAUUUAAUUUUAAUUAUAUAUUCUUAACUACUAUGCAUUUUCUACUGA